UACAGUAGGCCUCUAUGAUAUGGUGUUGUGGACUAGUUUUCACCAAUAAACCAAGCUAUAAUAUUCCACGGAAAAAUACCUCAAGUUUUCUGUGACAAAAUUGUUCACUAACAAUCACUAUAGUAUCAUCCAUGUGAUUAUUAUUAAUUUACCGCAUGCCAACACACGUCUUCAAAGGGCAGGUUGCCAAGGGAAUUUCCACAAUUCCCUGAAAAACACCCGUAACCGUGUAUUAAUACGUAUACUUCACAGUAGCAGUAAUCCACUAUUUUUAUCCCAUAAGCCCCGCCUUCCUCGCUUUGGCAGCCAAUCAAUGAAGUGGGAAAAUACGACUAAAAAUAUCUCAGCACAUGUUCAAAACAGAAGCGAGAAAUUCAUUGGCACUAUUUAUAAGGAUUAUACAGGUUCCAUCCUGCAUCAGUUUCACAAAUAAGUUUAUCGACACACAACAAAAUUGUGAAGACCGAAUUCUCACAUUAAGAAAUAACAAUAACUACAGCAACAAAACACAAGGAGCGGAAUGGGUAACCAGUUUAGCACGACGACCCUCGUUACUACAAAGGACAGCCACGGCCACGCCUACUGGGUAGGCAUCAACUCGAAACCGUUCUUCAAAGGAAGCCGUAAAAACUGUUACUACGGAUACCUAAACGGAUACGGACCGCGAGCAGGCGAAAAGGUCGUAGUGAAGAGAUUUUCCGAUGGCUCCGGCACGAAGAAGAAAUGGGAGACGGAGAUGUUGAAGGUGAAGUGGGCUCAUCACUUUGCCGAAGCCUUUGCCGAACACGCGAACUGUCCGCGGAUCAAAGUGAACCAGCCGCAGGUGGUUCUGAUGGACACUGUGUCCAAGAUGAACCAGAUAUAUGAGGGCCGAGGCCGGAGCGGGAGUCUCAACGAAGACGACUGGGUGUCCAUAGAAGAGAACAUCAAAGCAGACGAUUUCCAGACAUUCUGCGGGGUCGACCGGAAGUCUCACUCUUCCAGCGUCAUGGGCGCGUUUACGCACUUCACGUACCACCAGUCUGGCGGGCGGGCGAUAGUCAGCGACAUCCAAGGCGUCGUCAAGGACGGAGGGGAUAGUUUCCACGUCACAGACCCUGUGAUCCAUUCUCUGCAAGGCUCGUUCGGCAAGGAUGACGGAGGUGUGGUGCGAAUCAACGAGUUCUUCAAGAUGCAUCGCUGCAGCAGCAUCUGUCGGGACAUGCCCAAGAUGCUGCCCUUGACCCCUCCGCCGUCGUUCGAAGACAUCACCAGUGUUCCCAUGAUGUUCGCGCACAGACCCAUCGUGCCGUCUGCACCACUGUACGAAAACGUCUUCAUACCGUGACUGUUAUAAACAGAAUUUCUUGCUGCAUUUAUAGGUGCUUAAAACGAACAAUCCAUGAAUCCCACGUGGAUGCCUGUAGCAGACUACCUCGUUUUCUAGAAACAGGCGGGCGUCAAAGAAGGAUGGUUGUGUUCCAAGGGAGAAAUAACUGUCUAGUGAGAGUUUGCCUUGAUUUGGGGUUCCAUAGAUACACCUGAAAUCAACGACGAAGACCUCUUAAUUGAAUCCGACGCCAUAUAACCGUAAAUAAAAUGUGUUGAGUGCGUCGUUAAAUAAAACAUUUCCUUCCUUCCUUCUUAAUUGAACAUCUUGGGUGAAAAUUCGAAAUGAUUUCAAGAACAUGAAACAGGACACGAAUCACCCAACUCAUUGUACUGUUAUGUUAAUUCAUUAUACGUCAUGCUACACUGACUAUUUUUGUUGUUGUUGCAAUAUUGAACUAAUAGUGUAAAAGACGAAAUACACGGGAGCUGGGCUCAAAGUCUAGUUCUAGCAGACACAAUGCGGUGCAUGAUCUAUGUCGUCUGUUGCCAGAUCUGUAGCUGAAGUUCAUGCCAGCACAGACGCGGCGUGUUUCGUCACUUUCGAUUCGGUGCGUUUCUUUUUCGACUGGUACCAUACUCACCAGACACAGGCUCCGGUGUCUUUUUAGGUCUAAGAGUGAUGAAGAACAUGAGUUGUAAAAUGCAAUACUACUAGUCUCGAGGGCAAGCUUCAGACGAAGAAGCAAUUGGUGUGCUAGUACGACCCGGUGCAACCAACUAACAGCAAUAGUUGUGAUUAAUACGCAGUUAUAGUUUCUGUAGAAAGAUAUAUAUUGCAGAUACAAAAACACCAUUUUGGUGCCAAGAAAUGACUAUUUGUUUUGACAAGAUCUGGACAGUGGAAACAUAUGAUAGUAAUCAUUAUUUUGUCACCUAGACUAGUGAAUGUGCUUUUAGAUACCAUUUGUACUAUAGUUGUUAAAAUAUAAACUUUACUACCAAUUUAUUUAUUCAUUUACAUUGUAAUAAAAUAAACAAGUAUUUUUUUAAAAAGCGACUUGUUAUUAUUUCUUUAAAGUUGCAGGCAGAAGACACAAAGUUUGGUUAAUCUACCAACCUGUAACACACUAGGAUAAAGUUACACUAGAGUGAAUCAAGAGCCUGUGACGUCGAAAUAGAAAAAUAUCCUUUAAAAAUAAAGACUACAACUCAUCCCCAUAACCAGGCACAGCUGUGCUGGGGGUGGGGGUGGGGGUGGCUCUAGCUUUAGUCCAAUAAUUUAGAAUACUACAGGGAAGCAUACCCCCCCCCCCCCCCCACCCCCCAAAACACCAGGAUGACCAGGGAUCUUUUAUAAGCAUUUCCCCAGAUAUGACAGCAAAUAGCACAGCCUUUGAUCUUCCAGUUGUUGAACAUUGACUAAAACUUUGAGGGAGGGGUGGUAGUACUAAAAUUUAUGGGUCAGAGUUUGGUCGUUAUAUUGCAUAGUUUUUAACCACAAACGUUAACAUUGUCACCUUUGGGAUUUUAUUUGGUAUAGUACAACCUGAUGCCAAAUAAACAUACUUGCAUGGUUUUUCCAGUAAACAUCUGACAAGCGUUUUGUGAAAUUUACCAAAUUAUUUUUCACUUUCAGGAACUUGCUGUAAUCUUUACUGGAACCAAUGAACAAAAACUAAAUUCAAAAAGUGUUCUUAGUAGGAACAUAUAGG